UUCCAUCCACUUCUAAUUCUUUCCUCACCUAGGGUUUCUCGGGAGCGCGGGAAAUCAAGGAGAAGCUUACGGUGCUAAUUACCAUGGCCGACGAAGACUACAACGACGUCGAUGAUUUCGGGUAUGAGGAUGAGCCGCCGGAGCCUGAAGUAGAAGAAGGGAUAGAAGAAGAUGCGGAUAACAAGGAGAACGAUGAUGGUCCAGGUGAGCCUCUUGAAGCAGAUGAUAAGGCAGAGGAAGAACAGACUGCACGCCCACGAAAAACAUCAAAGUAUAUGACCAAGUAUGAACGUGCUAGGAUCCUUGGUACUCGUGCUCUGCAAAUAAGCAUGAAUGCUCCUGUCAUGGUUGAGUUGGAGGGUGAGACCGAUCCACUUGAGAUUGCAAUGAAAGAGCUGCGUGAGCGUAAAAUACCCUUCACGAUCAGGCGCUACCUACCGGAUGGAAGUUACGAGGAGUGGGGGGUGGAUGAACUGAUCGUAGAAGACUCGUGGAAGCGUCAAGUCGGCGGUGAUUGAGUUACCAUUCUCUGUUCUGAUUAGAUCAGGUAAACAACAUUUGGAGAGACCUGUUAUAAUGAAUCAAACCUGGAUUGAGUCACUUUAAGGAAAUAUAUAUAUAUAUAGAUAGAUUUUUUUUUGUAUUUGGAUCCUCUGUCUGUGUUCCAAGUUCAGUGGCUCAAUAUGUUUAGUUGAUACUGCUGCAUUUCCUAAGAAAGUAAUGUGACUUCUACACUUAAUACGCACGUUA